AAAGAGGAUCUGUAUCUCUUUAUCGGUGACUUACCGUAACAUAACUCUCACAAAUCAGAGUUGUCCCUACAAAUAUAGUAGACUGUGCUUUGACGAUGUUAUUGGUUUUAACAGGUACGUUUGUGGUUUAAAUGUACGGCGUGAGUCUCAAACUGGACAAAUUACGCAACGUUUACUUUGUUUAGCGUAAGAGGAACUCGCGUGUUUCCUCAAGAAAGCCAGCUAUGGCUGAUUUCGCGGCGAAAGACACGGAUUAAAAAUCGACGGAAUGAUCCGCCACAUUUGCGUGAGAGUGGUCUUGACGCUGUUGAUCAACAUAGAGGGGGCCUUCUCCAUAAAUCCGCCUCAGGACGUCAAGAUAGUCCCAUCAAAUCUUCAGUGGAAGAAGCCUCCAGACGACGAUGACGGUUUCCUGUAUUCACUGCAGUAUAAACCUGCCUCAGAAACGGAUGACGAGUGGUACAACGUCACAAGCCACAACGGGACAGAGUUAAAAUUUCGUAUCACUCCUAAAUUUAAUGGAGCCGUGUUUCGAGUGCGUGCAGAGAAAGGAAGCGACGUCUCGGAGUGGCAGUAUUCAAAACCAGUCCAGUGUGCAAACACCGACUCCUGCGUUCCUGUGUUGAAACUGUCUGUGAAACCCGAAAUGGUGUAUCUGACCUUGGCACACGUGGACGAGAGCUUGGAGAAAGAAGACGGAGAACAUGUGGCGUUUAACGUCUCCUUCUGGAAAGUGAAUAACGGAAAAUACUCGGAGGCGCGGUUUAUUAUUACAAGAAGCAAGAAUGAACACAUUUUUAAUCUGGAAUCGGGGCAAAACUACUGCUUCCAGGUCCAGUAUUCGCUCUACGAAAAGCCUUAUGGAAAUAUUAGCAAUCAAAUUUGUGCAAUCAUCCCGGAAACGCCUGAAGCAAUAAAGAGCCGUGCCUUAAUCUUUAGCAUAAUAAUGUCAUUUCUAGUCACGGUCAUGUGCGGGGUCUGCAUCUUUCUGCUUUUUAAACACCACAAAAAGCUCAAACAGUUGUUGCAGCCACUUCGCCUGGAAAUUCCAGACCACUAUCGAGAGUUUUUUAUCUCCGGGGAAUUUCCGCUUCAAGCAUGUCCGAGUCCCAGCAGUCAAAGUUUACGAUCAUAUGACAUGAUCACAGUAAUAAAGGACGACCGUGUGGAGUGAAAAAGGCAGAGAAGAGGAACAAGAAAAAACUUUGUCGUCUGCAUCUUUGUGCAUAUUUUUUGUUUAUUUACUUUUUGGCAAAUAAUAUACUUUUCACUUCACUAACAGACCGUGCAUACGAAUUGUAAGUCAAAAUUUUUGUUGAAUACUGUUUCUGGAUAAGAAGAAAUUUAUAUAUAUUGUUUGAGUGUAUAGGGUAUAUUAUUACUUGCCGUAUUUAAAUGUUUUUCACAUUUCAGCUAUUUGUGUUAGUUUUUCGAUGGCAGUGUUCGACGUUUCUAGCUCUAUUAACACUAAAUACAAUCAUUUUUUCUUGCUGCAACAGUUAUUGGACAAUCACUAUCUACAUCUGUACAAGUGUCUAGGAUGGGGAAAGCAGGGGUUGUGUAAAUAAUUCAAUUCUUUCCCAUAACCUUUUAAAUGUGGUUAAAUAUAUAGAAACAUUGCAGGUCACCUUAAUUUAAUUUGCUUGUUUUUGUCUGGCACUAAAUAUUACUCCAUCCUGUCUUCUGAUGUUCUUUCCCUGUAAUAACCCAUCUCUUAUACAACACAAGACACAAGUGCUCAAUUUUGUAUUAAGUAUUGAAUUACUUUAUUAUUAUUAUUUAAAAUUCGGUUGAUCUUGUCUUGUAGGUUAAUAUAUUGUCUUUUAUUGAAAAUGAUUUGGUUGCCAUAAUUUAAAAAAUAUAACAGCAUAUCACCUGGGUUGCUUUUAAUAAAAUGUUCAGCUUGUU